AUGUCGUAUAUAGGACAUUUGUCGAGUUUUGACCAUAAAAGCGGAGAAUGGUCUAUAUUUAAGGGACGUUUGAUUCAAUAUCUAAAGGUUAAUAAUGUGCAAGAAGUAAAUAAAAGUGCAAUACUUAUUACUCAUCUCUCGGACGAGUCUUAUCGUUUAGUGCGUAAUCUAGCAUACCCAGAUGAAAUAGAUACGUUAUCGUAUAAUCAGCUGGUAAAGUUACUCGAUGGCCAUUUCAAGACGAAGCAGUGUUCGUUCGCGGAUAAAGCGAAGUUCUACGGGGCUACGCGUCAUACAGGCGAAAGCUUGGGAGAUUGGGCGGCGCGACUAAGGGGGUUGGCAAGCUAUUGCGACUUCGGCACUGCCUUAGAAACAAAUUUGACGGAUCGUUUUGUUCUUGGCCUGGGCGCGGGUCCCGAACGCGACAAACUUUUUGAACAGGAUGCGUCUACAUUGAAGUUGGCACGGGCACUGGAAAUAGCUGAGAAGGCCGAAUGUGCAAGGGCAGCUAAAUUGAUGGUGUCGACAGAGGCGAUAACCACCAUCAAAGAGGAGCCGAUUUAUCGAGCAAGUUUUGAAGGUAGUAACAUGCGCGCCGGCCGCGGCCGCGCCGCUGGGCAGCGCGGGCGCACGCCGAGCGCCGCCGCCCGCCCGCCGCCGUCUUAUAGCUCGUCAGGGCCUGAUCAUCAUACAGGUGGUGAAGUCCGCUGUCCAGUGUGCGGUAUGAAGAAUCAUACUGGUGAUGUGUGCCGUUUUAAGGGUUAUCGUUGCCAAGUCUGUGGUGUUAAAGGCCAUUUAAAAAAAGUGUGUGAUAAAAACAAGUGUCUCCGCGUUAAUAAUUUAUCCACCAACGACGGUGAGGACAGCGAUUGCGAGGAGUGCAAUAAUUUUAAUUUGAGGUAUGUGACUGACAAACCUAUUGUGCUGAAUUUAAAUUUAGGCGGAAAAGACAUUACUAUGGAGUUAGACUCCGGCUCAGGUUCAUCCGUUAUUUCAGAUAAAUUGUAUAACAACUUGUUUUCCCAUUUCGAGUUGCAUGAUUGUAAUAUUAAAAUGUGCUUAUAUAAUGGACAUAAAAUCUCACCCCUUGGAUAUUUUUACAUCAAUGGUAAAAACAACUCAGUGGCUGAUUAUUUUUCACGUGCGCCGCUACAAACAGCUGAUAACGAGUCAGACGAGACGUACGCUGUGCCCCACCGCGAGCACCGCCCGCGCCGUGGCCGCGCCCAGAAGGACCGUGGCAACGCAUUCAUAUAG